AUGUCGACAUCCGGAACACUGACUAGUUAUUACGUCGAUUCCCUCAUUCUACCCGAGAGCGAGGAGCUUUCUGUUCCGAGAUACCCCUCCGGUCCUGGGCUCCAGCACGCCCGUCAGUCCGCCUCCUCCAUCGGCGACCACCGCGAGCUCGGGACCUGCACCUUUCCGUCCAAACCUCUGUGUUCGGGCACCAUGGACCACGUUCCUGCUCAGUUUCCCGGUAGCGUUUCCUCUGUGUAUCACAACCACUAUGGGCAUCCAGGGCCCGGUGGGUGCAGAACAGACGGCCGCUAUCAGUCGUGGCUACUGGAACCCAUGUCCGGUUCUCUUCCCAUGGCCGGAUUAACCACGACCCAUCACUACGGUCACACCGGGGGUCUCGGAGCGCGAGUUGACGGCGCGUUGCCCGGCUCUCACACAGUGCUACUCUCUGAUUACGCAAACGGCACGGUGGCCACGGCAUCACCGGGAGAGAAGGACGCACUGUCCGGCCAGACAGGGGACAUAAACGGGGAGCCUGAGGAGAAACCGGGCCUCGAUCCAAAUAACCCAGUGUCCAACUGGCUCCACGCGAGUGCCACGAGAAAAAAGCGCUGUCCGUACACCAAACACCAGAUCCUGGAGCUGGAGAAAGAGUUCCUCUUUAACACCUACCUGACCAGAGACCGUAGGUACGAGGUUGCGAGGCUGCUAAACCUCACCGAGAGACAGGUUAAAAUCUGGUUCCAGAACCGCAGGAUGAAGAUGAAGAAGUUUAAUAAAGACGGCGCACCGAAAGACGACUGACUGAGCUGUAGUGUUUUCAGUAUUUAGGCUGUUAGGCUGCGAGCUUUGUGUGUCGAAGCUCUUAACCCUGCUGGACCUUGUUUUUAAACUUCAUUGUCUUACUGUCUAUAUAACAGAAGCUAUUAGACUUAUUUGUCUUGUAAAAAAAAAAAAAAGCAUGUUGGGCUUCACUUUGAUGCGACUACCUUUAUAUUGCACAAUUUUAACAGUGCCCACUCGUUUUUAUUUUUCCUUAUGUUGAUUUUUAAAAAUAAUACCUCGUUAAAUUGUAUUAGUUGGCCUGGUCUCUGUGCUUGUUUGUGAAUGGAUGUUUCUAGCUGUGUUCGUUCUGGUUUGUAGCUUUAUUUGUUGUCUGUUUCAGAGUCAUUUGAGCGUAGAGUUUGUAAAAUGUAAUUAUUUUAUUGUUGUGUGUUUUCCCUAGAACUAUGACUGAUGACCAUGAGUUUAAAUCUAGCAUUGGAAAUACAGACAAGAGCGCAUUUUUACAGUAGGUCCUAAUACCUCAGAAACCUCCUUGAAAAUGCUCCAAAUUGAAAAUGUUCUAGUAGCUAUAUACAUGACUACCUAUGUCCUCCAACUACCUACAAUAACCCAUUAUUUUUAGAUGGCGGAUUCUUGUAGAUUUGCUUGCAGUAGAUGCUGAAAUAUGAAUUCAGGGAGUAGCUAACAUGUUAAAAGUACAUAAUGUUUGUUAGUGAGAGAAAAUAACUCCAAACACUGUAGGCUACUUAUUGAUUACCUCACGGUCUACCGACCGGCUGACUUUUGGUUCACAAAUGUAAUUUGUACUUUAUUAUUAAAUAAAACAAAUUAUAUCUGCGAAUGUG